AUGCCGCUGCAAAAUGGAAACCCCUCGACUCCCCGGACCUCGAACCGAGUGACCAAGAAAAGAGCCUCUCAAGCCUGCCAUCACUGCCGCACGCGAAAAGUCAAAUGCGACCUCGUCAAGUCCGGAGUCCCCUGUCAUAACUGCAGCUCGGAUGGCAUAGAAUGCGUCAUUGUCGAAUCCAGACGGAGCAGGAAAUAUCGCCUUCAGAAGCGUCAAUUGAACUGCCUCGUUUCUCUCCCUCCUUUGACUCAGGCCCAACCCAAACCUCCAUCGGGCCCUUAUGAUGGUACCAACAAUCCGCCAUCAAUCGCUACGAACACGACUGAAUCGACUAAAGGCGUAUCUGACCAUGCAACAGCGCCGUCAAUGACAAACUCCCACUUCCACACCCCCCCGGCCAGAACACUCUCCGUUAAAGUUUUACCUUGCGUGCGUCCUCCUCCGUCGCAAAUAAGUCCAGAUGACUUUGAUUUCCUCGCCCGUCGGGGAGCUCUCACCAUCCCCGACGUUGAGCUCCGCGAUCAGCUUUUUCGAUGCUUUGCGCUCUACGUGUCUCCGUACUUACCGGUUGUUGACCUUGAAGACCUUUUCGACUCUCUUGAUGGCAAGCCAAACUCCUCGAAGAUCAGUCUCAUCCUCCUGCAAGCGAUCAUGUUUGCCGGGACUGCGUUUGUCGAUUGGCAUUUCCUUCAAGAAGCAGGCUACGAAACUCGAAGAGCCGCCAGAGGCGAUUUUUAUCAAAAGAUUAAACUCCUUUACGACUUUGACUGGGAAGCCGAUCGGGUCUCCGUAAUUCAAUCACUUCUCAUUAUCAACUACUGGUACGUGUCUGAAAACGAUCAAAAAGACCCCUGGCAUUGGCUCGGGGUCUGUGUCUCACUGGCUACGAGCAUCGGCAUGAAUCAACCCGCGACCUAUGCCAGAAAAGACCCCCGAACUAGCCGCCUGUGGAGACGGAUUUGGUGGGCUUGUGUCAUGCGAGAUCGAAUAAUGGCUGUCAGUAUGCGAAGACCGUUGCGUAUCAAAGACGAAGACAUCAACCUCCCAUUGCUCACGUUAGACGAUUUCGAAACUCGAUCUAUUAAUGUCUCUUCCGUCCAGCCGCUUCGGGAUUGCCCUUUUCUGACGGACAUCGCCACCAGGAGAAUGUUGGCCGAUCUGUGUUUGGCCAAAGUGAAACUCCUGGUGUCUAUCGGCCAUAUUAUCAGGCAUUUUUACCACCUGCGCGGUUUUGGUGGAUCAACUGCUGAAGUGACGAUGCUGUACGCCCCCAAGAAAUCUGAUGACAAUGGCAACGAGGUUGCCGCCCUGCAAGAUGAUCUCGAUACGUGGUAUAGGAAUUUACCCGUCAGCUGCUGGUUAAUCAUGGACAACAACAAUGGCGGCACACAUGACACGGUUGAGGACGUUCUCUUCUUACACCGUUCUGUGCUGAAAAUGCUCUUUUUGAUGGCCUCGGAAUCUCUCAACCGACCCCAGACCUUGUCAAAAACCCGGUCACUCUCGGAACAAAGGUCGACCAGCAAGGUCAAGGAGGCUGCUGACAAGAUGUCCGAGAUGAUUCAACACCUCCACGACCGUGACCUGGUGCGCUUCCUCCCUCCUCUCUCUGUGAGUUUCAUGCUUCUUGCGAUCGCCGUAUUCUUGGUCGAGAUUAAAUCCAAGGGCCAAGGAUUUGGCGCCCUCCCGGGCGAGCAGUUCCACCACUGUAUCCGAGCACUUUUGCGGUUGAGGGACAUUUGGCCUAUUGCCGACUCGGCAUGCCUUUUGAUCGGACAGAUGAUCACCAAGAGUCACGCCGGCGGCAUGUCCACCCCUGGUAUCCAACCAGCCCCAAUAGGGGUGACCGGUCGCUUGGAUCCUUUGCCGCAACCACCAGAACAUUCUGGACGGAUUACGGCUCAGGCAUUCGAAUAUGAAAAUGCAGGCGGGCCAGAGGCGUCUUCUCCGCCACCGUCUGAUCCCAAACCCUCUUCUCUCGUACACGAGGGUCAGCCAGUGAUGGGACCUGAGGGACCACCACCAGCAGUAACGACUUCAGAACUCCUCGACGACCCAGCCUAUUCAUGGACGGCCUCGGAUUUCGACAUGGACUUCGGUUCCAUCACCAACGGCCAUGCCCUACACAUGGACCUAGCCUUGGCCGAGUGGGAUGUCACGGGGGUUUAUGAGAACGGCCUAUUGGAUUUCCAGGGUGAUGAGGGAAAUAGCACGGCUUAUACAUCAGCUGGACCGUCAAUCAUCCCUGAGACGUGGAAUGCCCCUGCUGACCCGGGCCCAUAUAUGGAACCUUUCCAACCGCCUCCCCAUCCCAUUUAA